ACCUCUUCCUCUCCUUUCAUUUCAUCCUCACAUCACAAUUCACACCCCACUUCUCGCACGCGCCACCAACCAACCCCACAGUCCGAUUGAAGGCCCCGCCCGUUCGGGUUUCAGGAAUCUCGAAGCUUUGGAGAUGUUGAGUAGCGGAGGAGGUGGUGGGAGAAUAUUCUGGGUCGAGAGGGCAGAACAAAAAGUCAAGGGAAUUGUGGUGUUAUUCGCUUGGGUAUCUAUUCAAGAAUCCCACUUGAAGAAUUACACCAAUCUCUACUCUUCUCUUGGCUGGAACUCUCUCGUCUGUUUCGCUGAUUUCCUCAACCCAUACAUCCAUGAGAGGGCUACAUCACUGGCAUUUUCUCUUGCAUGUGAACUUGUUGAGGAGCUAAAAUGUAGGCCAUGUCCAGUAGUGCUUGCAGCUUUCUCUGGCGGUUCUAAAGCCUGCAUGUACAAGUUUUUUCAGAUCAUUGAAGGGGCAUGCGAAGCACAGCUCAAUCUAGAGGACAGCCGAAUGAUAACCAACUGCAUCGCUGGUCAAAUGUUUGAUUCUGGUCCUGUUGAUUUUACAGCCGAUUUCGGUGCCCGAUUUGCUGUGCCACCCACUUUUCUCAAAGUGCCUGGUUCUGCAAAGCUUGUUUCUUUGGUUGCAAGAGGUUUCACUUCUGGAAUGGAUGCUUUGUUCCUUACUAGAUUUGGUUCCCAGAAUGCCGAGUAUUGGCAAACUCUUUACUCCACAGUUAGCUUUGAGGCCCCUUUCCUCAUUUUGUGUUCUGAAAAUGAUGAUCUUGCUCCAUUUCAAAUGGUGUGCGAAUUUGCUCAGCGUUUGCAAGAUACUGGAGGAUCAGUUAGAAUUGUAAAGUGGAAGAGCUCCCCUCAUGUUGGUCAUUUCAAGAGUGAUCCUAUCCAGUACAGAGCGGCUGUAACUGAUUUGCUUGCAUGUGCGGUCUCGGUGUUCAACCACAAAAUUCAGAAACUAGGAGACCGAAUGGAGGGCAUACAUGAUGAUGUAUCUGACUUAAUAUGUGACCUCCAAAAUGCAGCGGUGGACUCAAAUGAAAGUCUUCGAAGAGUUGCACUUGGGCCGAAUGAUCAUUUCUUCUUGCCAAGUUCAGCAGAGUAUCGGAACAGUAGAGAUUAUGGGUGUCAGCAGGAGCAAAAAGAAAAAGAAAACAUGACUCAUAGGCCAAACCUGAGUAUAAAUGCACACAGCGUUCUUGGCCAAAUCCUCUUUGAUGCAUGUGUCCCGAAGAAUGUUGAAGGCUGGGAUAUUAAGUUUUCCAGUUCCUCAAAAGGCCAUCCAUUUACUUCUCGACGUAAACACUCACCACAAAACGCCAAGAAGGGCCUUAUUCGCUCAAGGCUGUGAGCCCGAUCAAAUUGGCAGAAACUUCAAAAACCUAUCGACUUUGCAAUGGAAACCUCCCAGAUGGCCGAGAGGCGAGAGAAAUCAUGUGAGAGGUGAUUUUGACAGGCACCACUAACUAGUAACUACCAUAUCUGCCUUGACUUUGAGCUUCUGUGUAUAGGGAUUGAGAAGUGUGUAUAAAGUGAGGUGUUUCUUGAAUCUUGAAAGCUUCCUCUGUGAUUUUGUAAGGUGACAGACAGCACAGCACAUAGUUGAUGGCUGGUAAAUAUGUGGGGUUAGGGAAUUAGUAAUGUGCUAUGGGGUUCACUGUAUUGUAUAGUGUAAUAUCUAUUCUCCCACUCCCAGGAAUAUGUCUAGUAUGUCUGGAGAUCAAGAAACAGGAUGGUGUUGUACUGUACUCUAACAUGUCUCUAAUGCCUAUUACAGUAGAAUGUUAAUAUCUAUCAAACAGAUUUUUUUUUUUUU